AUGCGCUCGUUAACGCUGGCCCGUCGCCUGCGCCCUCUCGUCCGGAGCUUCCACGCGUCGACGCCGACGGCCGAUGCAAUCCUCAUGGAGGACGAGUACGGUCUCAUGGAGGCGAGCAAGCAAGUCUUCCACGUCCCGUCGUUCACGCUCGAGAGCGGCGUGACGCUGGAGGACGUGACCGUCAACUACAAGACGUUUGGCGAGCUCAACGCUGCGCGGGACAACGUGCUCGUCGUGUGCCAUGCGCUCACAGGCAACGCGGCGCUCGACACUUGGUGGGGCAGCCUCCUUGGCGACGGCAAGCCCUUUGACACGGCCAAGUACCACGUUGUGUGCGCGAACUUUCUCGGCUCGUGCUACGGCACAACAGGACCGACGUCCGUCAACCCGUCCACCCAGCGCCCGUACGGGUCAUCCUUCCCGCUCACGACGAUCCGCGACAGCGUCGGACUGCACUUGCGCCUCGUCCGCGACGAGAUUGGCGCCAAGAAGAUUGCCGCUGUCAUUGGCGGGUCCCUUGGCGGUAUGCAAGCCCUCGAGUGGGGCUUCCUCGGGAAAGGACUUGUCCAGCGCGUCGGCGUCAUCGCGUGCGGCGCGCGCCAUACCGCGUGGCAGAUUGGCAUGAGCGAAGUCCAGCGCCAAGCCAUCUACCGGGACCCGCUGUACUGCGGUGGCCACUACGACCCGUCGCGACCGCCAAAAGAUGGCCUCGCCAUCGCGCGCCAAAUGGCCAUGCUCACGUACCGCACGCACCGCGUGUACGCCGAACGCUACGGUCGCGAGACGCACCCCGACGGCCGCUUCGCCGUGCAGUCGUACCUCGACUACCAAGGCGACAAGUUUCUCACGCGCUUUGACGCCAACGCGUACGUGGCGGUCACGAAAUCGAUGGACACGCACGACGUCGGGCGCGGGCGCGGCGGCGUCGACGCCGCCUUGGCGACGCUGCGCGACUUGCCCGUCUCGAUCGUCGGCAUCGACUCGGACCUGCUGUACCCGAUCUCGGAGCAAAUCGAGCUCCACGAGCGCAUCCCCAACUCGACGUUGCAUGUCGUGUCGUCGCCGCACGGCCACGACGGCUUUCUCCUCGAGCAGGACGCUGUCGCAUCUGCCGUGCGCGCGCUCUUGGCCCAAAAUUAAGCGAGCACGACUGGACGCCGACUACCCAGCGUUCGGUCGCUGGCUUCUCGCCGCCUACGCUCGAGUAAUAGUGUUGUUGUACAAACCAAACCCUUUCAUGGACCAUCGCACCAUCUGCCACCAGGUUUUCGACACAGGCCGUGGAUGUAUCAAAACAUCAAUUGUUUGAAAUCCCA